AGUAGAGGGAGUGACGCUUAAUAGCAAACACAAAUGCGUCGGCACUGUAUUCCGCCCUCGUACGCAACGCUGGUACGAACGUUUCCAAAGCGUGUAAUUUUAUGGAUUUACUCUCAGUUUGUAGAAAGUGGGCCACCGUUACGAUUGGCACAGUCUUUUUUUUAAAGGACAUAUUUAUGUGUAUUUGUACACUUAUAGUUAGUGAAAUGGGCCAAGGCUGUCUGAGAAUAGUCUUUUUUAGUUUUUUAAUGGUGGAGUAAACAAUACGUUUCGGAUGAGCGCUUUUCUGGUCCUGUCGGCUCUCAUUUUCUUUAAGCUUUGCACCUGGACCCGGGAUUCAAAAUCAAAGAGACGCGUCAGGCAGGCCUGCUUCUUCUGCUGCUUCCGCUGCUGCCAGGACUGCCCCCCCAACAGCGAGAUCUGGAACUCUCUCUUUCUGCUUAGUUGUGUGUGUGCUUACAUGUCUGCUGCAGAAGCAAUGCAGGAUAUCUUUGAACUGAGGAGCUUCUUAAAGGAUCACGAGAAAUACUUUAAGAGAUCUAAUGCAACUUAUUACACUCCUGGUUAUAAAGAAAUCAAUAAACCUUGUUUCAAUGAAACCCUGCUCUGUUACAUUGUGGAAGCGCAGGUUAUUCUGUACGAGACAGAAGGAGAAAGUGAAAGAUCCAGGAUUGUGCUGGAAUUGAUGAAGAACGCCUAUGAAUCACUGAACAGCGUGAACUGCUUGCCUUGUGAAGCUUUUGAGGAAACCAACUCUACAACAUUCCUGCACAAUUUUCAUACAUUUUUGCAGAAAGUAGAAGAUGUAUUGAGCUGAGGAUCCCUGCUUCUGUUGUAUUUCUAUGCAGUGGUGUAAAUAAGCUGUACAUACACUUUUCAGAUGUUAAUAUUUUUACGUACAUUAGCUGUGCAUAGUAUUAUUAGGUUAUUAAAUGAUGCACGCAAUAUGCAGUGGCAGUUAUUUAUCACUGUAAAAGUAAAUGGCCUGUAAUCAGCCCUGUUUAGGGAAGCCUGUUAAUGCCUAUUUAAUAAACUCAUUAAUAAGACAGCACAGGAAUAUACUGCAUUUAGUGUGUUUAACAGCCAUGAUCUUCACGCAUAUGAAGUGCUCAGUUAAAAUUUUAUUUCUAGUCAAUGUUCUGUGGGAAAUGUGAAAUGUUUGAGCUGUAUUUUGAUAUUGUUUUUGUAUAUUUGUAACAGAACGAACACAUGGUUAUUAUUAUUUUUUUUUUUUUUAAAUCCUUUCUUCCACAUUUUCUUCCUAAUUUGGAGUGGUGCUCACGUGGCAGUCAGGGACAGUUUUAACAGGCUCAGAAUCCCAACUGCUCCUUUUCGAAGCACAGCCCUGAUGCCCGAUCCUGCUCCUAGAACAGUUCCUUAACUGGAUAAGCCACACGGCAGCCUCACAAUGGCCUUAUUACUGUGAAAUAUUCAAGGUGGAUUUGAGUGUAAACACAAAAUAAAGUUCUACAGUAUAACGGCAA